CGACGUCCUUGAGGGGAUGGCGGGGGAGAUGUGCUGUGAGUGUAUGCGCUGGUGCUGGUGUGGGUGUGUGUGGCGAGGCUGGGGGCGGCAGGAGGCCCCUAAAGAACGGACCAACGCAACUCUCUGCUCGCUCCGCUAUCUAUCAGUGGCAUGCGCCUGCCUGUGCCUCUCUCCCCUAUCUGUCUCUCUGCUCGCUCCGCUAUCUGUCUCUCUGCUCGCUCCGCUAUCUGUCUCUCUGCUCGCUCCGCUAUCUGUCUCUCUGCUCGCUCCGCGCUCGCUCCCCUAUCUGUCUCUCUGCUCGCUCCGCUAUCUAUCAGUGGCAUGCGCCUGCCUGUGCCUCUCUCCCCUAUCUGUCUCUCUCCCUGUCCGCCAUUCCCCCCCCUCCCUCCUCCUCCCUCCUCCUCAUUGGCCGAACAGCCCUGCGAUGGCGUUGGCGAUGCCCUUGCCGACCCUCUCGGCGCCCUCCUUGAGGUCGGUGAGUGCCGCCCAGCUCCGCAUGACGAGGUCCUGGUGGGCCGAGCGCACCUCCCAGAGACCCGGGUAGGCAACGCUCGGCUGCCAUCCAUCCAUCCAUCCAUUGAGCACCCAGCCCUCGCGAACGUGGUGGCCGCCCACGCUCACGUACUUGACGCCCCCGGCUGGUAGGGCACGUUGUGCGCCGGGAUGCGGGUGCCGCGCGUGUCCUUGACAAAGGGCAGCGGGGAUGGCAGCGAUGGGGUGUGUGCGGGUGGGGUAGGCGUUGGGGCAGGUGGUGGUGCUGCGUCGCCGUGCUGGUCCUCGUCCUCGUCAACCACGUCGAUGACAUCAUCGACGUCGCCAGACGGCUGUUCAGGGGCAAGGGGUGCGGAUGGCUGCAGGGCCAUGGCAGUGCGCGCGGGGCUGGCGUGUGGCCGUUGUGGGAAGGGGUCCUCAGGCACGUCGUCGGGCUCUGUGGUGCUGUCCUGCUCGAAUGUGGCUGCGGCUGUGUCUGUAUGAUGGGGCUGGCUGGGGCUGCGGCUGACACAGGGCUCCUCGGGCACCGCCACGACUGCGACCGCCUCCAUCUCCUUCCCCUGGUGCUGCGGCUGUGGGUGGACUGUCGUCUCGUCCUCCUCUCUCUCCCCCUCCUCUCGGUGAUGGCCAUGGGCGAUGUGUGGUGGCUGUGGUGGCUGUGCUGCUGCGGCUGGGUGGUCCUGCUGGGUGCGGCGGGUGCUUGGCUCGAGAAGCUGGAGGGCGGGGGCCUCCAGCUUGUGCAGCUGCUCAAACAGCCUGGUCUCGACUUCCUUGAGUGUGCCGCGGUGCUCCUCGUGGAAGUUGGUCCCCUUGGCAGCUAUGGCGCACAUGCCGUCCCGCCACUUCUUGGCGAAGUCGAGGCCGGGGGUGUCGAUGAUCUCGUCGAGGGGGCUGUCGGGGGUGCCGUCAAGCUUGAUGGGGUGACCAUCAUCUUCGAUGAAGUCCUCUCUCCCCGUGCCCGACACCUUGCCCGACACCGCCCGCAUCUCCUUCUCGCUCUCAACCAAGGGGUGCUGCUCUGCGCCGGCCGUGAGGGGCCUCAUGAUGGUG